UGUGGCCGUUUUGCUCGUAUGUUUACUUGUUUUUUACUUUUUUCCUUUUAAUUGUUAUUUUCACGGGAGAGAAAAGGAGAAAAAAAACGAGUGAGGAAUGACAACGGCGUCGUUUAGCGCUUCGAACACGGCGGCAGUGGCUGCCGCGGCUGCAGCUAAGACGGUGUUGAUUACCGGAGUGAGCAAAGGGCUUGGUAGAGCUUUAGCUGUCGAGCUUUCCAAGAGAGGCCACACUGUAAUCGGUUGUUCCCGCGCCCAAGAAAAACUCAAUUCCCUCCAAUCGGAGCUCUCGUCGCCUGACCGUCACCUCCUCCUCAAUGUCGAUGUGAGGUCAGAUAACAGCGUUAAGGAGCUGGCCCGAGUGAUGAUGGAAAAGAAGUUUGUACCUGACAUAAUCGUAAACAAUGCAGGUACAAUCAAUAAAAACAAUAGAAUUUGGGAGGUUCCUGUUGAAGAGUUCGAUACUGUGAUUGAUACUAAUGUAAAAGGGAUUGCAAAUGUGUUACGCCAUUUUAUCCCGUUGAUGCUUCCAAAAAGUCGAGGGAUUAUUGUUAAUAUGUCUUCCGGAUGGGGACGAUCUGGUGCUGCUUUGGUUGCACCAUACUGUGCAUCAAAAUGGGCUGUUGAAGGUUUAAGCAGAGCAGUAGCAAAGGAGAUGCCUGAUGGAUUUGCUGUUGUAGCACUUAGUCCUGGUGUGAUAAAUACCGAGAUGCUUCAAUCUUGCUUCGGAAAUUCAGCCUCGGGAUAUCAGACACCUGAUGCAUGGUCUUUGAAGGCAGCUACAAUGAUACUCAAUCUUACUGCAGCAGACAAUGGUGCGUCCCUCACCGUUUGAUGAAAAUACAGCUGGCCUUUUCAGAUUCAGUUUAUCUCGUAGUUAUGAUAAAGGCCUUUGAACAAUCAAAUCACGAAGUCCCUUGCAUUGCAUAUGAACAAAUUGUAUCAUUUUAUAUCCGUCCCAUUUCUCUAACCGCAUGUCUCAUUAUUCAUUAGCAUCAAGUUCUUCUAUUACGUAGACAUUGUAAGGUCUUUUUUUGGCUGAAAAUUAUAAGAGUUUACUUGCAACGACUCAUUUAGUAUUGCCGGUACAUCGAAGAUCAGUUUGUAUCGAACUUUUUCGUAACUUUGAAGCUAGUUACUUGUGGUACGGAUGAUUGUAUGAUAAAAUAUUAUGUCGAAUUCUGAUACUUUUCUA